UGUGGGUGAGGAAUUGUCCCUGGUUAUGGAGUACAUGGAUGGAGGCACUCUGAGCAAUGUCAUCAGCAAGACCUACUUGUCAGAAGAUGAGAUGGCAGCCAUCAGUCGGGAGUGCCUGCAAGGACUGGAUUUUCUUCAUUCAAACCAUGUUAUCCACCAAGAUGUGAAGAGCAGAAACAUCCUUCUCAGAACCGACGGCUCUGUCAAGCUGGCUGACUUUGGCCUCUUUGCUCAGCUCAGCCCUGAGCAGGGCAGACGGAGCUCCGUGGAUGGCGCUGCUGGGUGGCUGGCGCCUGAAGUGGUGACAGGUCAACCAUGUGGCCCCAAAGUGGACAUAUGGUCUUUGGGAAUCGUGGGCAUUGAAAUGGUGGAACGAGAAGUUCCUUCCUGGAAUGCAACUCCUGUCUUGAGACAACAGGACACCUAAAGCCCCAAGAGAAGAAUUCUUCCAUCCUUAUUGGAAAAGACCAACUUUCUUCCACCUCCUUCCUGACUUUGAGGAGCCAACAAGAUUAAUGGGGAGAACUUGACAAUAACCAGACAACACCCUUUGUUUGAAAAGAAUUUAUGGAUCAUGCAUGAGAUAUAUGAAUAUGCAACAGGCUAUUGCUUUUAAGGGCUAAUCCUUUGUUAGCCUGUGUGUUUUCGGGGCAUAAUUGCCCAGGAGGCACCAGGACUGUCCGUAUGUCUUUGUUUUUAUUGUCCUUUAUGUUCUAACUGUUCUAACUCUGAAUGUCCAAAUUCUUAUUACUCUUUUAUUACUAUCUUAAUAACCAUUUUAUUGCUAUUAAACUUUAAAAAUUUUGAAA